GUUCCUCUUCCUGCUGCUCGGCCCGUUUGGAAAAGGUUCGCAGUACCACGAGAUCGGGCGCUCCAUCGCCACGUUGAUGACAGACGAGAUCUUCCACGACGUUGCCUACAAGGCGAAGGACCGGACGGACCUGCUGUCGGGGAUCGAUGAGUUCUUGGAUCAGGUGACCGUCCUCCCGCCGGGGGAAUGGGACCCCAGCAUCCGCAUCGAGCCCCCGAAGAGCGUCCCCUCCCAGGAGAAGAGGAAGUUGCCGUCGGUGCAGAAUGGCUCCGCCCACAACUGUGACAUCAUCAAGGAGUCGGAGCAUCAGGCGGGGCCAGAGCUGCAGAGGACGGGCCGGGCUUUCGGGGGUUUGGUGAACGACGUCCGCAGGAAGAUCCCGUUCCUGUGGAGCGACGUGCGGGACGCCGUCAGCCUGCAGUGCGUCGCCUCCGUCCUCUUCCUGUACUGCGCCUGCAUGUCGCCCGUCAUCGCCUUCGGGGGGCUGCUGGGGGAGGCCACCAAGGGGAACAUCAGUGCCAUAGAGUCUCUGUUCGGCGCGUCGAUGACCGGCGUGGCGUACUCUCUGUUCGCCGGGCAGCCGCUCACCAUCCUGGGCAGCACCGGCCCAGUUCUGGUCUUUGAGAAGAUCCUCUUCACUUUCUGCAGUGAUUACGGCCUGUGCUACCUGUCUCUGCGCACCAGCAUCGGGCUCUGGACGGCCUUCCUCUGCCUGCUGUUGGUCGCCACCGACGCCAGCUCCAUGGUCUGCUACAUCACCCGCUUCACCGAGGAGGCCUUCGCUUCCCUCAUCUGCAUCAUCUUCAUCUACGAGGCUCUGCAGAAGCUGGUGCACCUCGGGAAGCAGUUUCCCAUCAACAUGCACAACCAGCUGGACAACCUCACCUUAUACACGUGCCGCUGCUCUCCUCCUGCCAACGCCUCCACAGACACCCUGCAUCAGUGGAGCAACACAAACGCUACCUCAAACAUCCGCUGGGACGAGCUGACGGUGAAGGACUGCAAAGAGUUCGGGGGGGUGUUUGAGGGCUCGGCUUGUGGCCCCCUCGGCCCCUACGUCCCCGACGUCCUCUUCUGGUCCGUCAUCCUCUUCUUCACCACCUUCUUCCUCUCCUCCUUCCUCAAACAGUUCAAGACCAAACAGUACUUCCCGACCAAGGUGCGCUCCACCAUCAGUGACUUCGCCGUGUUCCUCACCAUCACCAUCAUGGUGCUGCUGGACUACCUGGUGGGGGUUCCUUCUCCAAAGCUGCACGUUCCCGACCGCUUCCAGCCCACGUCGAGCUCCCGCGGCUGGCUGAUCUCUCCUCUGGGGACCAACCCGUGGUGGACGCUGCUGGCGGCGGCGGUUCCCGCGCUGCUCUGCACGAUCCUCAUCUUCAUGGACCAACAGAUCACCGCCGUCAUCGUCAACAGGAAGGAGAACAAGCUGAAGAAGGGCUGUGGCUAUCACCUGGACCUGCUCAUCGUGGCGGUGAUGCUGGGCGUCUGCUCCAUCAUGGGCCUGCCGUGGUUCGUGGCGGCGACCGUGCUCUCCAUCUCGCACGUCAACAGUCUGAAGCUGGAGUCGGGCUGCGCGGCGCCCGGAGAGCAGCCCAAGUUCCUAGGCAUCAAAGAGCAGCGCGUCACCGGGUUCAUGAUCUUCUUCCUGAUGGGCUGCUCCGUCUUCAUGACCUCCGCCCUCAAGCUGAUCCCGAUGCCGGUCCUGUACGGAGUCUUCCUCUACAUGGGAGUGUCCUCGCUCAAAGGCAUCCAGCUGUUUGACCGCAUCAAGCUGUUCUGCAUGCCGGCCAAACACCAGUCGGACCUGAUCUACCUGCGCUACGUGCCGCUGUGGAAGGUGCACAUGUUCACCUGUGUGCAGCUCACCUGCCUCAUCGUCCUCUGGACCAUCAAAGCCUCGGCCGCCGCCGUCGUCUUCCCCAUGAUGGUCCUGGCUCUGGUGUUUAUCCGGAAGCUUCUGGACUUCUGCUUCACAAAGAGAGAGCUGAGCUGGCUGGACGACCUGAUCCCAGAGAGCAAGAAGAAGAAGGAGGACGACAAGAAGAAGAGGGAGAAGGAGGACACUGAGAGGAUGAUGGAGGAGGUGGAAGACGAUGCUCCGUACGACAUCAGCUUCCCGAUUCAAGCUCUGAAGGGACGUGCGGACCCCUCGGAGGUGAACAUCUCAGAUGAAAUGUCUAAGAGUGGGAUCUGGAGGUCGAUGAACUCUGACAGCGGCAGAGCUCUGAAACGCUGCAGCAGUCAGGAGAAGCUGCCGAGCGUCCAGAUCAGCGUGGAGAACGAGGACGGAGUCAUGGCCACUGAGACCCCGUUAUGAUGCCUCCUUAUGAUGCCUCCUUAUGAUGCCUCCUUAUGAUGCCUCCUUGAGAUGCCUCGUUAUGAGGCCUCGUUAUGAUGCCUCCUUGUGAUGCCUCGUUAUGAUGCCUCCUUAUGAUGCCUCCUUAUGAUGCCUCCUUGUGAUGCCUCGUUAUGAUGCCUCCUUAUGAUGCCUCCUUAUGAUGCCUCCUUAUGAUGCCUCCUUAUGAUGCCUCCUUGAGAUGCCUCGUUAUGAGGCCUCGUUAUGAUGCCUCCUUGUGAUGCCUCGUUAUGAUGCCUCCUUAUGAUGCCUCGUUAUGAUGCCUCCUUGUGAUGCCUCGUUAUGAUGCCUCCUUAUGAUGCCUCCUUAUGAUGCCUCGUUAUGAUGCCUCGUUAUGAGGCCUCGUUAUGAGGCCUCGUUAUGAUGCAGCGCCUCGAUAUGAUGCAGUGCCUCGUUAUGACGCCUCGUUAUGAGGCCUCGUUAUGAUGCCUCGUUAUGAGGCCUCGUUAUGAGGCCUCGUUAUGAUGCAGCGCCUCGAUAUGAUGCAGUGCCUCGUUAUGAUGCCUCGUUAUGAGGCCUCGUUAUGAGGCCUCGUUAUGAUGCAGCGCCUCGUUAUGAUGCAGCGCCUCGUUAUGACGCCUCGUUAUGAUGCCUCGUUAUGAGGCCUCGUUAUGAUGCAGCGCCUCGAUAUGAUGCAGUGCCUCGUUAUGACGCCUCGUUAUGAUGCCUCGUUAUGAUGCAGCGCCUCGAUAUGAUGCCUCGUUAUGAGGCCUCGUUAUGAGGCCUCGUUAUGAUGCAGCGCCUCGAUAUGAUGCCUCGUUAUGAGGCCUCGUUAUGAUGCAUCGCCUCGUUAUGAUGCUGAGACCUCGUUAUGAUGUAGGAGGACAGGGGCACCAAUCACUGAGGUCCAAAGUCUGGGGGAACAGCCAAUCAUGCUUCACCUCACCGUGCGUUUUCUCUAACGAGGUGCAUUUUUUAUAUUGUCAUCGUUUUAAGAUGAGACCCCAGGAGCCAAAAUGGCCGCCGACUUAAGAAACAGCUUCCUCAGUUUCUUUGGUCAGAUUUAAGAAACACCUGAAUUAUAAUUGUAAUCGUUUUUGUAUUGUUUUGACAAGGCUCUUCACCUCAGAUCUAUUUAAUUUAAUUCAUCAUGCUGAUUGUGUGUGUCUGUGUGUGUGCUGUGUGUGUGUGUGUGUGUGUGUGUGUGUGUGUGUGUGUGUGUGUGUGUGUGUGUGUGUGUGUGUUCACCGUUGUGCCUGCAGUGACUGAAUGACGUCACUGCUUAUUGACAUUUUAAUAAAUUCGGUUUGGUGACGACCAA